GACGCGACGGGCCCGGAAGGAAGGAAGGCGCGUGCAGGGAGGGGUGUGGCGGUUGCUGCGGUUGGCGCUGGGGGUUCGGAGGAGGACGGAGCGCCCGGAGGGACAACCCGAAGCAAGGCUCGCUGAUGGCUCAGCUGGGAGCGGUUGUGGCUGUGGUUUCCAGCUUCUUCUGUGCGUCUCUCUUCUCCGCCGUGCACAAGAUAGAAGAGGGUCAUAUUGGGGUGUACUACAGAGGCGGUGCCCUCCUGACCUCCACCAGCGGCCCUGGCUUCCACCUCAUGCUGCCUUUCAUCACCUCCUAUAAGUCUGUGCAGACCACACUGCAGACAGACGAGGUGAAGAAUGUGCCCUGUGGGACCAGUGGUGGUGUGAUGAUCUACUUUGACCGAAUUGAAGUGGUGAACUUCCUGAUCCCGAAUGCAGUAUAUGACAUCGUGAAGAACUACACCGCCGACUACGACAAAGCCCUCAUCUUCAACAAGAUCCACCACGAACUCAACCAGUUCUGCAGCGUGCACACGUUGCAGGAGGUCUACAUUGAGCUGUUUGAUCAAAUCGAUGAAAACCUCAAACUGGCCUUGCAACAAGACCUGACUUCCAUGGCCCCCGGGCUGGUCAUCCAGGCUGUGCGGGUGACCAAGCCCAACAUCCCAGAGGCCAUCCGGAGAAACUACGAGCUCAUGGAAAGCGAGAAGACAAAGCUGCUCAUCGCCGCCCAGAAGCAGAAGGUGGUGGAAAAGGAAGCCGAGACGGAGCGCAAGAAGGCCCUCAUUGAGGCAGAAAAAGUGGCCCAGGUGGCAGAAAUCACCUAUGGACAGAAGGUGAUGGAGAAAGAGACAGAGAAGAGGAUCUCGGAAAUCGAAGAUGCUGCGUUCCUGGCCCGGGAGAAGGCAAAAGCCGACGCUGAGUGCUACACGGCUCUGAAAAUAGCCGAGGCCAACAAGCUGAAGCUGACCCCAGAGUACCUGCAGCUGAUGAAGUACAAGGCCAUCGCCUCCAACAGCAAGAUCUACUUUGGCAAAGACAUCCCCAACAUGUUUAUGGACUCGGCGGGCAGCCUGGGCAAGCAGUUUGAGGGACUGGCUGACAAGCUGAGCCUUGGCCUGGAGGACGAGCCAGUGGAAGUAGACGUGAAGGAGGACUGAAGGGAAAGCCUUUGUUGCUACAGCCUCAGAUGACACUUUACAGAAGAAAUCUAUUUUUUAAAGAUGAAACUGAAUGUUCCUGCCCUUGCACACUACCUUCUCUGACUCUCUUCAGGCGACUGUGGUGACGGAGGAGGAAGGGAUUGAAGCAACUCCCCCCCUUCCUGGAGGGGAGGGGGCUGGGGGGAUGAUGAUUGGGGGUUUUAUUCAGGUAAGUGGGUUAUAGGACUUCUGAUAAGGUUUGUAGACCGCGUGUCCGGUCUCUGCCAGGCUGGGGUCUGUCCCUUUGCAGCUGGCCGAGGUAGGAAGGAGCAGGCGAGGCUGAGGGGGUCGCCACUGUGGGAUUGCCUUUCCCUCCCGGCCUCCUCGUCCCUGCCUCUCCCCGGUGCCAGGGUCUGUGGCAGAGGCUCCCACGGGACAGGUGCGCACCUGGUUCGCUGGCUAGAGGAGCCGUGGAACCCCGGCUGCAGGGACACGAGGCAGCUGGGGUGUCUGUGUGCGUGUGUCGGUGCCCCCGUGAGCCGCUGGCCUGAGCUAUUGUCAGGGGAACUGGUGCUAGGUCUUGCCAGAUUUUUCCAUACCCUGCACUCCUGGCCAAGUGUUCGGAGUGGUGAUGCCUGACUUAAUGUUUCCAGAGCCAGAGUUUUGUCAUCACCACACGAUUCUUUUUGGAGCUUUUUACCUGAUCUGGAGUUUGGUUUUUCUCAACACCAAGAAGCCAGGGACAAAGAACCCCCACAUGUCGUGGCUACUGAAGUGGGAUCACUGUGCCUGCCGGCCUUGUGGCCCCUGCUUGGGCCUUGGCCGAGUCUGUUCUGGUCCUGGACACUGUACCCUGGGGAGCUGUGACACUUGGGGGUGAGGAGGAAGGACCCGCUGAGAGAAUGCCCCACCUGC